CGCGCUGCACAAGCGUCUCGUCCAGAAACCCAAGACGACAACCAAGAGGACUCACUUGGAUUACUGACAGCAGGUCCCGACACAAUUUUCUCCUGAGAAAACUUGCCGGCGUUUUUCCUCUGUUAGGGUAAAAGCAAAAACAUCGCAUUUUCACCUUUAUAAAAGCAGCAGUCUUCUCGGAAGGGGCCGCACCUUCAGCUGAUCAGCAUCCAGAAAAAGGAAGCUCAUAAAGGUUUGGAACCACUCGAGGGGGAGUAAAUGGGGUCAUGAAGGAGUGAAGAAACACCUGGUCUGAAGAUCUAGAAGGUUUUCUGGAUGUAAAGUUGCAGAGAAGACAAGAUCGAGGAGGACUGGAAGAGCCGCGAAGAAGUGCAAGCAGGAGGGAAGGAGUUGGUUGGACUGGCUGAAGGGGGAAACCGAAGGGCUGGAUGCGAGCCUUCAUUCACUCUAGAAGUUCGCCGGUUCCUCAGAGAUGGCCACCAACUUCAAUGACAUUGUCAAGCAGGGCUAUGUCCGCAUGCGGAGCAGGAAACUGGGGAUCUAUCGACGCUGCUGGUUGGUGUUUAAGAAGUCAUCCAGUAAAGGACCUCGCAGACUGGAAAAAUACCCUGAUGAGAAGUCAGCCUACAUCAGAGCCUGUCCUAAGGUGACAGAGAUUAGUAAUGUGAAGAACGUCACAAGAUUGCCUCGUGACACGAAGCGACAGGCCGUGGCCAUCGUUUUUACAGAUGACACCUCUCGAACCUUCACCUGUGAAUCAGAGCUGGAGGCUGAGGAGUGGUUUAAGACCUUGUCUAUCGAGUGCCUGGGGACGCGUCUGAAUGACAUUAGUCUUGGAGAGCCAGACCUCCUGGCCGCUGGAGUUCAGUGUGAACACACAGAGCGCUUCAAUGUAUUCCUGUUGCCCUGCCCGAAUCUGGACAUCUACGGUGAGUGUAUGAUGCAGAUCACACAUGAAAACAUCUACCUGUGGGACAUUCACAACCCUCGCACCAAGCUGGUAACCUGGCCGCUGUGCUCGCUGCGUCGAUACGGACGAGACGCUACACGCUUCACCUUCGAGGCCGGCAGGAUGUGUGACAGUGGGGAAGGCCUGUACACUUUCCAGACACGGGAAGGAGAGCAGAUCUACCAAAGGGUUCAUUCUUCCACGCUGGCUAUAGCUGAGCAGCAUAAGAGAGUCCUCAUGGAAAUGGAGAAAAACAGCAAGCUUUUAUCCAAGGGUCCAGAGGGGACGUCCUACCCUUGCACCCCAACAGCAAUCUUACCACGAAGUGCUUUCUGGCACCACAUUACCGGAUCACAGGCUGGAGUGGACUCUGCUAAUGGUGACCUCUACGGUGAUCCUCAACCAGGAAUGGACAGUGACCUCUUCUCUAAACGCCUUCCUCCAGAAAGACACUCGACACUUCCUAUGGGCCGUGGCUGCCCUCAACCCCCGACACAUUACCCCUCGUACCCCAGCGAGUGAGCGGCUCCGCAGUGAAUCCUUCACGUUUUUCACCUCCUGACCUCCCUCCACACUGCACUCUGCCCUAAGUUUUUUCCAUCAGCUCUCCUUCAGCAGGGGAAGAUCCAUGCUGCCUCGGUUCCCCCUGAGCCUGCCAGCGACGACGAGGGCACGCACUGUGGAAAGAGGGAACGCACUGGGAAGUUUGGAGCAGGGCGCACAGACCCUUCAAACAGACACAAAAAAGUUGGAACCGGCUCACAGUGCAAUAUGGUCACUCUUGGUGGGAGUAGAAACUCUACUGUAGGUUCUUCUUAGUAGUAUCUCUUAUUCUAACUCUUAAUCUCGUGCACGCUCUUCAACCCUAUGCAUGGUCCCCCAUGGUAAGCAGCUUAGACACCUGUAGAAACCCCUACACGUCUAAGACACAACCACUGCGGCCCUGACGGAAGGGCCCUCAGAGGUAAACACUUCUGCUCUCCAGUGUGAGUAGAAAUCCAAAGUGUGUUUUGAUCAGAUGCUUUACUUUUCAUUAGAUUGGCAUGUCUGUUCGAGGACUCUGUGGAACCGGGAGCUGUUUCUGAGAGUGGCGUUUUGUACGGGCGUCCGGUUUGUUUCUCCUUUUCUCUUCUGUUAAAGUGACUUAAAUGGACAGUUGUAAUGUCAUCCCGCUCUCCGUGUCAUAAUGAAGAAAGCCAUUGGACGGAGGUGAGUGACUCGCUUGUGCGCUUUGUGUACUUGUUGAUCUUUUCAGACUCGCUGGCCCACUGUUUAUUGGGACGGUGUUUUGAGGGUCAGAGAUCCGCGUUUAGAGGGGAACAAAGAUUAUACCCGUCUAAGGUGGAGGAAUGAAUUAUUUAUUUAUUUAUUGAAGUUUACCAACAAAGCACAAGACAGAUUGCAGUGUAUAUUAGUAGGGUUUUCCUUAGCAGCUCAGCAGUUCUGUGUGUAAAAGGGUUUGUACUGGCAUUGUGAAAGAGGAGAAAAACAUCAGGGCUUUUCACACUAGAAACAAGUUAACCCUGAGUCAUUCUAAAUCUUCACGUUUCACGCUGCUUAUUAUUUAUACUAGGUAAACAACAACCUCCUGGGGGAUUUGUAUGAUUGGCUAACUAUGGGUUAAUGUCCGCAUUAGCAUAUUUCUUCACUGAUUGGACGAACGCAGCACAUGGCAUGACCAUAAGACUGUUUUGGAUCCUUUUGUUGUAUAUUUCUCCAAGCUAACAUAUUUAUGUCAAAUGAAUGGACUUUUAAGAUUAUUAAAUUCUAUUUUGGCUGUUUGACUUCUUUCCCUGAAAAACAAUACAAUCUGCAAUGUAUCUGUGACUGUCCAAGGCACAAGACUGUGAGACUUGAUUGCUAUCACUUGCUAAAUAUCUAGCCAUAUUAAAAUACAAUUGCGUUGUUUUGUUUCACAUGUUUGCCAAUUUUGGCAAGUUUUAUGUGUCAUAAGUAGGGUCAGACAGACAUUUUUUGCUAUUUCUGUGGAGAAUUUUGUAAAAAAAAAACUGCGGAUUUAUGCAGAAUUAUUUUGGAAGUAUUGUAACUAAAAGCUUAAUAUAUAAAAUAAAAAACAAUACCAUUUUAACUUUUAUUUAAUAUCUACAAUGCAAAUCCUAUUAAAUCCACUUAUUGGUUAAACAAAGCAAGUCUCUCACAUAAUAUAUCUACUAAAAGACAAAAAAUGUUACUUUACGAACUGUAAAUAAAUCAUUUUAAUAUUACUAUUGUUACAUCACAAUAAUAUUAGUGAAUUUAAUAUAAAAACUGAAUAAAUAUAAAGUUACACACAUUUACACAAGUAAAUACAGACUCAAUGAUGGGUUAAAAAUCUGCUGAUUUCUGCGUUUGCAGAUUCCAUGUGGGCUGUGUCAUCAUAAGUUAUAGAUUACAUGUUGCCUCAGCCUGAUCUCAAAGGAAACGCAACUUUUUUUACAUUUUGUCAGUUUAGUGGCUAAUUCAUAUAAAAUGUACAAUUUUUAAAAAGGAGACGUGGAACCAAAUGCCACCCCUAAGCCCACCCAUCAUUGGGGAUCAUACUACAAUGUACAAAUGAGAUUAAUACGAUCUAGCCACUUAAUCAAAAAGUUACGACUUGCCGUGAGUUGAAUUUGAUUGCCCUGUUUACAAUGCAGUCUACUCUGACUAGAUUACUUUUUUGAAAUAAUGUAACUGAUUACAUUUUAGCUCCUUUUUUCUUUUCUAAAUCUCUAGGCUAAUGAAUGUCUUCAAACGUUAAAACAAGAAAGGGUUACAGUUACAUUAAUACUCAACACUGAUUACUGUCAGGCUUUCAAAAAAUCCUUCACUUGAAUUAGGACCAAUGUUGGGGAUACUUUUGAAAGUAAUUCAAUGCAAUAUUGAGUUACUUCCCAAAAAAGUAACUAGUUGCGUUACAUAGUUACUUUUUAUGGUAAGUAAUGUGUUACGUUACUUUUGAGUUACUUUUUAAUACUUGUUCUCUUUCAAAACCUUUCCUUCUUUUUUUACCAGAUACAUUCUGCAAUUAACAACACUUUGUAUAACCUACACCUACAUUUACCUUUAAAAAAACACAUAAAACAAUUUGUAUAAUGUUAUCUGAGAACUUCCUGACCCCAGAGCUAAACAUGCCGUAUAUACAGAUUAUAGAAAGUUUAAAGCAAUGUAUUUACUACUUUUUUACUAUUUGUCUCAAGUAAAAUCACUGUCCCUUGAAUCCCCUUUACCUUUUCUUCGAUACGUUUAAAAUAAUGAACACUUUCUCUCAUUGACUGCUUGAUUCAUUGUGGCUACUUUCAUUUUAAUUCAUCAGUUUAUAUUUUAAAAGCUUAUUAAAAAAUGUACAUUUUCAAAAAGUAACUCAAAUAUUAUUACUAAUAUUAUAUAAAUAUAAAUAAUAUAAAUAUAAAGCAAUGCAUUAUUUUACAUGUUACUUAGAGAAGUAAUAUUAUUUCGUAACCCGCGUUACUUGUAACGCAUUACCCCCAACACUGAUUAAGACAAUAAUCCUAAAAAAAAUGCACAGCCAUUACAAAAUCAGCUGUUUUUACCUUCAGAUCACACUGAGGUAAAAUAAAGAUCACUAUGAUAUUAUUUAGGAAAUAAAACAAUUGCCUAUGAGCAUCCAACAGUGUCUUGGAAAUAAGCAGUUGGUCAUUAAAAUCAAGGCGUAUACUUGAAGUCAAUUAGGAAACAAAACAGUUAUCAAAUAAGCUUGUGUUACAUUAUAUGUCUAGAUCUUCACAUAUUAAAGUAAAAGAACUGAUCCAAAGCAUCAAAAUAGCAUCGCUUUACCAAACUGCCAUUAAAAUUGUAGAAGACAUCAACUUAACCAUGCUUUUACAUAAAAUAUUCAGCUUCAAUCAGAUUUUCUUAAAUAUCUGUAAAUUAAUUACAUUUUUCUCCCUAAUUAUAAUGAAAUACCACCUUUAUUUUGUAAUUUAAUUACAGAACGCCAUUAGAGUAAUGAUUUACAUCCUAGCAGCACUGAUGUUUGACAACUAACCCUGCUUUAUUUUCAUAACCUUUUCUUCAUUGAUAAAAGAUUGAGAAUGACAAUAAACAUGGGUUUCAGCACAGUGUGAAAAGCCCUACUGUAUCUUAAAUAAAGUGGUUGGCCUCAAACGAGACAUGUUUCUUGCUUUCCAGUAAUUUCCAUGAAAUGAAGGGUGCCAUAAUUGCUUUUAUUUCUCAGCAGACAUAAAAAUUGUGUGGCUCAUUGUCAAGUUCCUCAUUAAGGCAUUCAUUCUCAGUAACCCAUUAUGAUGGAUCUGCAGAUUAGCACAAAUUAAGCCAAGUUCCUCAUGCAAUCUGUUGGAAUUUGAUCAGGCUGGUUAGCCAUUGCUAGUUAAGCUAUUCUGCUCAUUUCUGUUGUGUCGAAUCAUUAACACGUGUCCUAAAGGUCAUAAAUAAACUCAAAUUGGUUAAUGUUGAGGAUCUAAAAAUGUUUUGUCUGCAACAGAAUUAACUUUGUUGCCUUAUCUGAUUGAGCUUCAGUCUUCAGGUUUUGACUGUCAUUCAGUGCUAGGAUUCAAUAGACCAUUUUGAGGGAUGCACACAGUAACAGUAGGCCUAACGUAUUUCCCGUUUUACAUUUUGACUUCCAUCGCUUCUGAGAAUCCAAAAAGGUCCACAUAUUAUUAAAUGAUGUUUUGAUAGCUGUUUUAAUGUUAAGAUAUGAUUGAAUUGCCUCUUGUUACAGUUAUGAAAUAGUUUGAUAACAAGCAGGAAAUGUUCAUGAGUCAAUAACAUCACUACAUUGAAAUGGUCUAUAAAUUAAGUGUGUACCGCAUUUAAAAGGACUUGAGAUGAUUUGAUUGUCAUUACUUUAUAUUUUGAUCAUAAACAAGAGGAUUCUGCCAGGUGCCCAUUGUAAAAAUUUGUUUAUUUUAAUUCUUUGAUAAUUGUUUCGACCUUUUCUUAAUGGUUGCCAAGUCAUCAAUCACUGUGUAUUGUUGCAAAACUCUGCCCACAUAAAUAACUGUACACUACCAUUCAAAUGUUCAGUGUCAGAUUAUUUUUGAUUGAAAUGUAUCCAGCAACGAUGCAUUAAAUUGAUAAAACAUGAGAGUAAA